AUGUUUGUUGUUAUAGAAUCCUUGGCAAGGAACCCCUUGUCGUAUAACAACGGCAAGUGCAUUUUCCAGGACAACAGUGUGUCUAGUUCUGGAAACCCUGGACAUGGUGGCAGUCAAUGGGCUGGUGGAAUCAAUGGUCAUGGAGCUAAAGAGGCUGAUAGUGACUACUCAGGUGGAGGCGGAGGUGGCUUUUACUCAUCUGGACGUAGUGGUAAAAGCUUUAACGGAUCUAUUGGAACGGGUGGAGAGGGUGGAAAAGGAUUCUUACAGGGAGGUGUUGGAGGAAAAUCCUAUGCUAAGGAUGCCCCUGGUGGAUUUGGAGGGGGUGGAGGGGCAUUUGGAUAUGGUGGUGGAGCGGGUGGUGGUGGGGGAUAUUCAGGAGGGGCUUGUGGUGACAACAACGAUGAUUCUUCUGGAGGAGGGGGAGGGUCAUAUAAUGGUGGAUCAGAYCAARKCAAUACAUGCUGCUACAACAGCCAAGGUCAUGGYUAUGUUUUCAUCUCAAGAGUGUGAAUAAKGAAAUUAAGCCGCUUGAUUAUCUKCAUGCAUUUCAAUUCGUAUAGAMUUAAUGUUAAGUGACAUGGUUUGAUAGCUUUAAKCCCGUUUUUUAUAUGUUGAAUGUAUCUAUGUUUCAGUUUGACUACAUAGAGUACAAAUUCGGACAAAAUGUCCAUUUUCUGUUUGUCCAUUUUCUUUUAAACCCCCUUCUCACCCUUUCCAUGUUGCAGUUCUUGGGGUCCUUCGACAAC